AUGGGAGCUGGUGAACCUCCUGUGCUGGCUGCUGGGCAGCCUCUUUGGGUACGUCUACGGGGUUGGACGUUUUGCAUUUUCACAUUGAUCUCUGCUUUAUUAGGCUCAAUUUAUAUAAUAACACCGUUACUUCCGCUUAUAUUUCUUAAACCUAAUUUAUGGCGCAGGUGUAUGGAUCGAUUAGUUGGAAUAUGGGUAGUUAUGCCUGGGUCUCUUAUGAGUUACGUGUUUGGCGCAAAAAUCCAUGUCCGUGGAGAUUUGAUUGAUCACAGCAAACCAGCUGUCAUAAUCAUGAACCAUAGAUCAAGGCUGGACUGGUUGUACUUUUGGAAUGCAUUAUUUAAAAUGGAUCCCUGGUUGUGCACUUCUGAAAAGAUCGUUCUCAAAGGCAUACUCAAGUAUCUACCUGGAGCAGGUAUGAUUUGUAUUGCACGAAGCACUGAAAGUUAAUU